CAACAUUUGUUUAGACGUUGAAAAUUUUUUUGAGAUCCAUACUGCUUUGUUUGACACUUGGGCAAUUAGUUCGCUACAUAAUUUUAGCCAAAGGCGACUGAAUCAUUUGUAGCCCUAGGCAAAAAUUUAUUGCGAAACGACUAACUGAAGCCCACAUAUUCACAUCUAAACUUGCAUAAUGAAGAUAUGGACAUCGGAGCACACUUUCAACCACCCAUGGGAAACGGUUACACAGGCAGCAUGGCGAAAAUAUCCUAAUCCGAUGACACCAUCUAUAAUUGGGACAGAUGUUGUAGAGCGUAGAGUGGUAGACGGAGUGCUGCACACACACCGCCUUGUUCAGUCGAAGUGGUAUUUCCCAAAAUGGACAAAUUCACUGAUUGGUACUGCCAAAACAUGUUUUGCAAGUGAACGCUCUACUGUAGACCCGGAACGUAAACAAAUGGUUCUCAAAACCAUUAACUUAACUUUCUGUCGGCACAUUUCGGUUGAUGAAGUCCUCUAUUACGAACCACAUCCAACGGAUUCAAGUAAAACUCUACUUAAACAGGAAGCAUCCGUCAGUGUGCAAGGCGUUCCAUUGUGUCACUAUAUGGAAGAUAUGCUAACAUCCACUAUAAGUAUGAACGCUGGCAAAGGUCGUCAAGGUCUUGAAUGGGUAAUUGGACGAAUAAACGCAGAAGUUAAGGGUAUUGCCGAGUCUGCUGAUGAUUUCUUAAUGAAAACAAAACACUCAUUAGAUGAUAUGACUGAAAGUGCUCGUAAAAGUAUGGAUGAAAUCAGUGUGCAAGCUGCUAAAGCUGCAAAACAUAUUCACAUAUAAUAGAUGCGAUUAAAAACAAGAA